AGGCUUAUUUUCAAAGCGAGCAAGAAAGGGAAAGCUGGGUAGAAAGUUGGGAGAAGAGUAGGUCACAGUUAUCUGAACCCAUGUCAGAUCUCUAGGGGUAAUGCAAGUGGCCUUUGGGUAAGAUAGAUCUGGGAAUGGUAAUAGGUAAGGAGGCAACUGGAAUGACAAACGGCAGAGAAGAGCUUGGAGCAGUCAGGGUGAGGAAGAAACUAAUUCAAAUAGGUAGGAAGAAUUCGUAUGAUUCAGUGAUUCAAUAUUGUGUGCUGUGAUGGUGUGUUAAGGAUCUAACAAGAGGCAAGAUUUCAAACCUAGGUCACUCCUGAGAGCUGGAUCGCUCUGCUAUUGAUCUUGUUGGGACAACUGGGAGGAAAUAUUCCUUGAAGAUCAGAAUACAGUGUUUACUAAGUAUUUACGCAAGCACAUCUUGGCCAGUGUUCUUGUACAUGCGCUUAUCUUAACUUUUGUUUUUUUUUAGUUAUUACAGGCGUCCAUAGAGCAGAGUUAGGCAUUAAAGGAGACACAAGCAAAAUCGUCUGUUUUAAACAAAUUUGGUAAAAUGAUCCAAUUAUUAAAAGAACCCGACUUUACUUCUUGUCAUCUGGUUGCCGUCUUUGCAUCUCAGGCACCGUGUUUCUUUUUAAUGGUGCUUCUCUUCCUAGACUUCCUUACUUUCCAAGGCUGCGGAGAACUAGCUGUUACACAGGGAGGGCCCGGGACUCCAGCUUCCACGCCUUCAGCUUCGGUGCCAUCCCCUGCCCGGGGCUGGCCGGCGAGCUGACCGACACCCACAGCCGCGCGCCCCGGGGCCCUGGCCCAGACCGAGGCCCAGGCCGUCGCCUGGGGCCGGCGCGUGGCGGGGUGCCGCGGCCUUCGAAGGCCCGCGACGCGGUGCACAUGCCUGCCCUUGCCCGCCUCCCGCGUCGGCGAGAAGCAAGGGAGUCCGGACGUGCAGAGGCUGACCCGGAGCCUACCCAUGAGGCAGCGCGCGGGCUCCUCGCGAACCCCCCGCCCCCCCUUCCCGCGGCUCUGCUGCGUGCUCCGCAAUGGGAGCCGCCGCCGUCGUUGCUGUGUAGGUUUUCGUGCUCCUCCUUUUCCUCCUCCUCUUUCUCCUCCUCCUCAGGUCCCCAGUCAGGCCGAUCCGCUCCGUUCACGGAAGGAAAAGUGAGAUAUAACUUGCUGCAUUGUCUGGAAUUACAUGAUAAUUCAAAAAUGGCAGAACUCUUUAUGGAAUGUGAAGAAGAAGAGUUGGAACCAUGGCAGAAGAAAGUAAAAGAGGUUGAGGAUGAUGAUGAUGAUGAGCCGAUCUUUGUUGGAGAGAUAUCAAGUUCAAAACCAGCAAUUUCAAAUAUUUUGAAUAGAGUGAACCCCAGCUCAUAUUCAAGGGGACUAAAGAAUGGCGCACUCAGUCGAGGUAUUACUGCUGCAUUCAAGCCUACAAGUCAACACUACAAGAACCCAACAUCAAAUCCAGUGGUUGCCUCGCCAGUAAAUUUUCAUCCUGAAUCUAGAUCUUCAGAUAGUUCUCUUAUUGUUCAGCCUUUGUCUAAACCUGGUUAUAUAAUGAACUCAUCACGAGUUGCAUCUAGUAAUUCUUCCCAGUUACUGUUUGACUUGACCCAGGAUACAGGAUUAUCACAUUACCAGCGGGGACCAACACUUUCUAUAGCAGGUAUGAAUGAAAAUUCGUUCUUAUCAAAACGUCCUUCUACUUCUGAAGUAAACAGUAUUAAUCCAAAAAAGCCUAAGCCUAGUGAAGGUAUUUCUGGAACAAAUUCCUCAUCUGUAUUUCCUUCAGUUAAAUCUCUUUCAGUGACGUCUCCCCAGGCUAUGUCAUCAACAGGUACAAAUACCUCAUCAAAUCAAUCUAAACAUGGAACACCUUUUCCAAGAGCUUGUCCAAAGUGCAAUAUUCAUUUCAAUCUUUUGGAUCCUUUGAAAAAUCACAUGAAGUACUGUUGUCCAGACAUGAUAAAUAACUUUUUGGGACUGACUAAAACAGAGUUUUCAAGUACGGCAAAUACAAAUAAGACUGUUGAUUCAGAGAAAGGAAAAUUGAUCAUGUUAGUUAAUGACUUUUAUUAUGGAAAACAUGAAGGAGAUGUCCAGGAAGAACAGAAGACUCACACAACCUUUAAAUGCUUCAGUUGCUUGAAAAUUCUUAAAAAUAAUAUUCGGUUUAUGAACCACAUGAAACACCAUUUAGAACUUGAGAAGCAGAGCAGUGAGAGCUGGGAAAACCACACCACCUGCCAGCACUGCUACCGUCAAUUUCCCACACCGUUUCAACUGCAGUGCCACAUUGAAAGUACUCACACACCCCAUGAAUUUUCUACCAUUUGCAAAAUCUGUGAAUUAUCAUUUGAAACAGAGCAUAUUCUUUUGCAACAUAUGAAGGACAAUCAUAAACCCGGUGAAAUGCCAUAUAUUUGCCAGGUUUGCAAUUACAGAUCAUCAUCAUUUUCUGAUGUAGAAACUCAUUUUAGAACGUCCCAUGAAAACACUAAGAAUUUGCUGUGUCCAUUUUGCCUCAAAGUUAUUAAAAUUGCAACACCCUAUAUGCAUCAUUAUAUGAAGCAUCAGAAAAAAGGAAUACAUCGUUGUACAAAAUGCAGACUGCAGUUUUUGACAUGCAAAGAGAAAAUGGAUCACAAGACUCAGCAUCAUCGAACAUUUAUAAAACCUAAACAACUAGAAGGAUUGCCUCCUGGAACAAAAGUUACUAUUCGAGCUUCAGUUGGACCUCUUCAAUCAGGAUCUUCAAGUACAUCUUCCAUUAGUGCAAACACGUCUACCCUUCAGCUCUCACCUCCAAGGACAAAAAAUAUAACUGCUAAAAAUCCCACAAAAUCUAACACAAGUAAACCUAAUACAACUAAAUUCAGUGCAAGUAAACCUAAUGCAAGUAAGCCUAAUGGAAGUAAAUCUAAAUUCAAAUCAAAAAUCUCUAAUAUGCAAAAAAAACAAAGCACUUUGACUAAUAGCAAUAGAAAAAGUAAAGUCAAUACAGCAUUGAGGAACUUAAGGUAUCGUCGGGGAGUUCACAAGUGCAUUGAGUGUUGUUCCGAAAUAAAAGAUUUUGCAAACCACUUUCCUACAUAUGUCCACUGUAGUUUUUGCAGAUACAACACUAGCUGUAGCAAAUCCUAUGUAAAUCAUAUGAUGAGCUUUCACAGUAACCGUCCAAGUAAAAGGUUUUGUAUUUUUAAGAAGCAUUCAGAAGCGCUCAGGGGCAUUACUCUAGUGUGCCUUAAUUGUGAUGUCCUAGCUGAUGUUACUGGCUUAGAUAAUAUGGCUACCCACUUAAGUCAACAUGAAACUCAUACUUGCCAAGUUGUAGUAGAGAAAGUUUCUGUCUGUAUCCCAACUUCUGAACGUCUUUCUGAAUUAAAAAAUGAAGUUCCCACUAAGAAACAAGAACCUGUGUCGGAGGAAAUUGCAAGACCUGAUAUGGCUGAAGGAGAAACAGAAACAUCAAAUUCUGGAAGUAAACAAGAUAAAACUUCUUCAGAGGAAGAAAAAAAUGGAUGUGAUGCAAAUGCAUUUGAAGGCUCAUCAGCAACAAAAAGUGAAGAAAGCACAAUAGUUUCAGAUAAGGAAAAUGAUACCUAUCUUGAAGACAAGGAAACUGGCUCAAAGAAUAUCUCCAGUUGUGAAUCAAAUAUUGGUGAAGAUAAAGUAGAAAAGGAAAAACAAAUAGAGCACAUUUGUGAGGAAACGGAGUCGAAGACAUGCCAAAGUUCAGAAAACAUCAUUUCAUGUGAUCAGAUUAAAGAUCACAACUCCAGUGAAGCUAGGCUUUCUUCGAAGAAUAUUAAGGAUUUGCGGUUAACAUCUGAUGAUGUUAGCAUUGACCAGUUUUUGAGAAAAAGAGAUGAACCUGAAUCUGUUAGUUCUGAUGUUAGUGAGCAAGGCAGUAUUCAUCUGGAACCUUUGACUCCAUCAGAGGUACUUGAGUAUGAAGCCACAGAGAUUCUUCAGAAAGGUAGUGGUGACCCAUCAGCCAAGACUGAUGAAGUAGUGUCUGAUCAAACAGAUGACAUUUCUGGAGAACAUAGCCCUAGCACAACAGAGACAACAGUAGACCUGGCAGAUGAAAAAAAGAAAGAAGUUGAAAUUAGUUAAGUCAUUCUAAGUUUUAGUGCACCAAUGGUAAGAGCAUUUGGAACAGCGCUAUCAGGUGAGCUCAGUGGUGCUGUUGGAGAGUUCGGAAAUAGAAAAAUGUGAGAGAGGCCAUUCAUACACCUUACCUGUAUGUUCAACCAAGUUAUUAAAGAAAUCAAUUCACCAAUAAUAGCAUGAUUAGCAUUAUCAAGAGGUUUUAAAACAUGAAAAGGAUUUUAACGAAAGUUAAAUUUAUAAUGGGAAAGCAUUCAUUUAACAGUUCUCACGAAAAUGGAAUUUGGUUGCCAAUAUGAAUUGAUUAUUGGAAUAUUAGUUAUAUUUAUAAAGCAUUGAAAUUUCCAUCAGUCCUCAACUAAACAUACUUAUUACCUGUAUAUCCUUCUCAGUUAACUUAAAGGAAAAGAUUUGGAAACCACAUACCUUUUGGGAAUAAUUGAUUUAAAACAAUGUCUAAUUGACAUUGUUAAUAGAGGCUUUAUUUUGAGUAUGAUGCUGGUAAACGGAGCAUGCUUAGACUGCUAAAUUAAUGAAUCUAAUGAGAAUUUGGAUGAACAUAAACUUAAUUUUGGAUUUAAUAUAACAUUCCAGACUGUCAGAAGCAUGUAAACAGAAUAUUUGAAUCCAUGUACCUCCAUACAAGUGUUAGCCUGCCAGGCUGUAAGCUUACCUUAAUUAAACUUUCAGUGAAAGUGAAAUUAUUAAAAUAUAAAUUUAUAUUUGUGCUUUUUGUCAGUGUGUAAGCUGUGCAGAAAUCCCUUGAUGUACUAGUUGUAUAAAGCAGAAACCCAUUGUUGAAACUGCUGUAGCUAUUACUCUUUUAAUAUUGUUUUAAUGAUCUUUAGAAAUAGGCCCAUAAAAAUGGUCUGGAAACCAAACCAAAGUAUGGAAUAAUGUAGAUACUGUAAAGCAGUAAACUGAAAUCAUGUUCUGGCAUGAAUUCAGUCAUGUUUAAGCGACGUUUUCUUUAAUUGUAAAAUAGAAACUUCAGAUGGGAUGGGACCUAAAACAGUGAUGUAAAAAUUUGGUUUGGGAUAUUUAGUCUAAUUUAUCCAUACGAUGGCUGCUAAAUUGAUUUUUUCAGUUGUUUUUUAUAAUCUAGAAAAUAAUAGAUCUAGAAAUGAAUAAUAUGAAUUGCAGUCGUUUGCUUUGAAGUACUAAUAAACUUUUAUUUAAAAUGCUACAUUUUUACUUCUUAAAAUGUGCUUUGAAUUCUUAAAUUUUGUUUCACUGAAUGUUAAAUGUCUUAAAUGGCUAUUAAAACUGCUGUACAUAGUAGUUUUUGAGUAAAUAUUUGCAAUAAAAAUCUGUCCCUCAAUAAUUUUAUUUUUCAGGAAAAUGCUUGAGUUGGGUUACCUUUGGCGCCUUUAGAAACUAUAUUUGUUCAAGGAAAUUUCAUGUUAAACUUAGUGGUAGGAUUUCAUUCUGUAUUCUUUAACUGAUGCAUGAUUUAUUUUAAAUUACUCAAAGUACAGGGAAAAUACUGCUAAUAUUUACAGAGACUAGAUUUGCUUUAUGAAUUCUUUCAUCCCAAGAGAAAUAUAAUUUGAUAUUAUAGUUUUUUAUCUGCUGUAAAUUAAAGAGGCUAAAUGGGCAAAAUAUA